UUGAAUUGUGACACAGCUUACGAUUACUGGGUGCGUGUUAAAUCGGGGAAUGUUUAUUUUACAAAUUUCACUUUCAGACCGGAAUUGACGUCACGCACGCAGCACGCUGCAAAAUCGAGUUGGCGACGGAGCGUUUUAGCAAAACAUUCCCGAUGGAGGAAGAGCAGACAAACACAAACACAGGUGUCAGCCUGCCUCUCUCUUCUCUGCGGCUGCUGGUACCACCACUGCACCUGAUGUCCGCCUUCAUGUGGCAGGUGCUGCAGCAGAAGAGUGUGAUAUAUUAUGGGAGGCUUGAGGAGUUUGUCUCCAUGGUGACAGAGACUCUGCCCCAAGUGCUGAGUUACAGACAGGGAGCUCAGUUGAGGCUGGGCCUGAGAGCAAGGAUGGUUUUGGAGCUGUGUCGCAGCACGGCUGAUUUCAGAAACAUACAGGCACAUCUUGACCGAAUCCAGAUUCCAGCGGCAACACCGUUAGAGAGCAUUGACGCUGAUGUGAGACCUGCAGUUGCAAAUUUUAAAGCUUUGGUUCUGGCGCUGCUUAAAAACCCGGUUGAGAAAGCGUAUUUCUUUCAGGAAGUGUUUCCAGUGGAAUAUGGCGCCAAGUAUGACACCGCUCUUAAAGAGCUAAUGUGGGAUCUGCUCUCUCGCUUGGAGAAACUGUUUCCUGUGCCUGACUUCAGAAAAACAUUGUCGUGGCUCACUAUUCCCCCUGCUCAUUUGGAGGACUGCAUGCAGACCAAUCCAAAAGACCUGCACGAUCUUCUGCAGCAGCACCAACUGUUUGGAGGUUCAGAAACUCAAAGCUCUAAACCAAGGUCUGUUCCUCGUUCCUCUGGGGAUUGCAUCUUCUCCACGCUGUCCAUUCCUCCGUCUGCACGAGUGGUCAUCGCCGCAGAGCCAGUCGUCUAUCACGUCCAGACGUCCGGCGUGGCCCUGCUGAGUUCUGCCACUCUGGGUCAGCUGGGCUCGGACACCAUCAUCGUAACAGACUACACAGAAGUGGAGCUGAGCAGCCAGGAGAUGCUUGUGGGGGAAGCGGAGGCAGGAGGAUGUGUGGAGGAGAAGGUGAAGAUGCUGUUAGUUAAAGGUUGUGAUGUGAGGGAGCCGGAGUCCCUGGAAGAAGCAGCCAGUUUUAUGCAUGACAAAACGACACAACGUGCCGUCGCGUGUGAAGUUGUGAGCGAUGCCAAGGCAACAACAUCCUGCGAUGAGCUGGCCAUCCCACAUAAUGAGGAAAGUCUGCAGGAAGUCUAUACUGGUGAAACCGGUCAGCUGAACGCACAAGACGAGGAUAACAGCGCUAACAUCUCUCCUGUUGCUGGAACGGACUUGUCUGUAGUUCAAGAGUUCACGGCCCCACCAGUGACGGAUGUUGUCCAGACGACAGAGACGCGCAGAGGACCAGGACGGGCUAGGAAGAGAGCAGGGGCGACAGACAAAAAUGUGGUUAAAACGUUGCGUCGACGAGGACGACCCAUCAAACAGAUAACAACAGAGAAAAGGAGUGUAGGCGAACCACAUGGAGCGAUUGCAGAUGCGGAGGGCCAGAUGUCCAGCAGAUCUGACAUGAGGCAGAAAGAAUCAAAUUCGUCUGGUUCACAUCCAGAACAGACAUCUGGAGCAACCAAGCCAACAAACCCGAUGCCCGCCAACAAGGCUCGUGCUCGACACUUGUGUGACACCUGCGGCCGAACGUUCACGCGCAGGUCCGAUGUAAGGCGACACCAGCUGACCCAUACCGGUGAACGGCCCUUCCACUGCAGCCAAUGCGAUAAAACAUUCCAGCACGCAUGGGAUCUGACCAGACAUUGCCGCAAAAUGCACGGCGAGACCGCCUUUGUCUGCCAGCUCUGCCGCAGCAACUUUGGCAACCUGCGGAUCCUGGCUGCUCACCACAAGAAGAGCCACUCUGGCGAGCUGCCGCAUUACUGCUCCAUCUGCGGCGAAGCCAGCCUGACGGCCGCCGCUCUCAUUCAGCACCGCAAGACUCACAGCGCCAAGCAGCAGUACCUGUGCGAGCAGUGCGGGGAAGGGUUUGACACCCUGCUACAGAGGUCCGUUCACCGGCAGAGCCAUCGUAGACUCCAACAGUUUAAAUGUCCUCAGUGCGAUAAGACGUACACGCGCCGCACGGACGUCAAGCGACACCUGCUCAGUCACACGGGCGAGCGGCCACAUCAGUGCUCCAUCUGUGGCAAACGGUUCAGCCUUCGCGCCGGCCUUCAGAAACACUUAAUCACCCACUCGCACGAGAGGCCGUUUCAGUGUCCGCACUGCCCGAAGAGCUUCAGGCAGCCAUCAAUUUUGCACCGCCAUGAGCGCAUGCACACAGGUGAGCGACCAUACCUCUGCUCGCAGUGCGGAAAGGGAUUUCUUUCACAUGGAGAGCUCAUCAAGCAUGGAAGGACCCACACGGAAGAGAGACCGUACUCCUGCCCGCAGUGUCGCAAGGGCUUUAAGUCCAAAAGAGCUCUACAGGAGCAUGUCUCAUCUCACAGCGGUGCUCGGCCAUACCCGUGCAACUUCUGCGGCAAAAUGUUCGCCAAGCCCUUUGCCUUGAACAGACAUUAUCUGAUCCACACCGGAGAGAGGCCAUUCUCUUGCGCCCACUGCGACAGAGCCUUCCUCACCUUCAGUGAGCUGGCCCUCCAUGAGCGUGUGCACACGGGUGAGCGGCCCUACUGCUGCACGGUCUGUCCCAGAAAAUUUCGGAGUUCCUCGGAGUUGGCGAGGCACAGGCGCAGUCAUUCAAUGGACCGUCCACACAGCUGCGGUUACUGCCCCAAAGCAUACGCCUGUGCCACCAAACUAAAAAACCACAUCAGAAUCCACAUGGGCGAGAGCAAACCGAGACGCUCUGUAGGCAGUAAACCAACUGCUAGUGCACCAGAGACAAAUGUACGUGUACCAAUAGAGAAGAUGACGGAAUCUUAACAUCAAUGGAUAGCGAAUAACAGCAUCCAGAACAAGACUGACACCAGUGUUAGGUGAUCGAUUGGUUGUUUUCCCUGACUUAACAGCACUGACUAUGUAAAGUUAUGAGUAGUUAUAGUAACCCGGCAUUCGUCAAACUAAUGAUUUAUGACCCCCUUGACAGGUCGUGUUCUGACAGGUCGUGUUUUAUGACCCCUUGACAGAUGGUGUUUUGACAGAUUGUGUUUUAUGACUCCCUUUGACAGAUGGUGUUUUAUGACACCCUUGACAAAUAGUGUUUUGACAGAUUGUGUUUUAUGACUUCUUUGACAGAUAGUGUUUUGACAGUUAGUGUUCUGACAGGUCGUGUUUGACGGGGGCGGGACUAUCAAUCAAAAGCUGUACAAGCUGUCUAGUUUAGACAGCUAGUGUCUGGACUGUGAUCGUUUUACGACAUGUCAUUUAGCAGGGGUUGUUAUUCCUGUGUGUGUUUUAUGUCAAGCGUAUGCUGCAAUGUUUAUUGACAGGUUGUGUUUUGACAGCUAGUGUUUGACAGUUGCCGCCAGCGUCUCUCUCCCCCAUCCCUCCCUCCUUUCUCGUCCGUGCGCGUCUCACCACUGCGUGUCUCACAGCGGGUGCGUGUUGUAAACGAGUAAAGAUUUCUAAAACUCAAUGUUGGUAAAAUAAUUCACCAUUACGGUGACAAAAAGUAAAUGUUUAUUUUAGAUUUAGACAAGGCUAUGAUUAAAACUUUUGGUUGUAACAUCACAAGUUAUUUAAUUAAAGAGCACCUAUUAUGGGAUACACGUUUUUAAACAUCCUUUUGUGUGUAAGUGUGCAUUAGUACAUGCUAACGAUAUUCAAAAAGUACAUACCUCAAAGAAAACGAUGACGCGAGUUAUCGUCUCUAACGUUCGAGGACUACAAAAAACACUCGGAUUGUAGGCAACAGUUUACUUCCUGGGAUUAGUGACGUAGAUAAGACCAACAUUAUCAUAGUUCAGCCCUCUCUGCUUUGCUUGGGUACGCCCUCAAAGACGAGGGUGGGGUGGGGAGCGCCGAGUCAGAAGAGAGCUAAAAUGGCGGAGGUUGGGAGUCCCUGCUUUGACUCUGUUUGCAAACUCUUGUUUCAUUGUUUAAGCGAUUAAAUCUCUCGAGUAGACGCUGUCUCUUUAGAUGCGAGGGCAAAAUAGCACUUUAUGGACUUCCACAGAGGACAUCAUGUUUAAUACGGUUCCGGAAAAAUCCAGUCAGAAGUUGUUCACGGAGUUUUCACAAUAACUGCUUCUCAUGAACCGAAGCUGGAUUUGCGCGACGUCUCCUCUUGAAAGUUGGAUUACUGUGCACUUCUGGAUCACAGACUAUUCGCAGCUGUACACAUCCUUCUACACUGUAUGCAAACAUGCAACAUCAUAACACACAGUACAAGGAGUCAGACUGGCAUAUGAGGAGCAAAGGAACCCAGGCAGUAGCAUCGUUUCACAAUGUUUCCAUCACCAUCAUCAGUGGAUGCCUUUGCCGUCCGUAGCCUGAGAUUUCAGAUUUGCAGCAAAAAAAAUUGAUUUUCUCAUUUAUUGGAAUGCUGUGCAGGUAUUUGUACCUUGCAGCCAUCCAUUACAAUGUCACCAAGCCGUAACAAAAGCAGGAGAGGGAAAGUACAAGGCUAUGUUCCCAAAACACAAAUGACAUACCUUAUGUGGAUGAUGUGAUCAGGCUUGUGUUUGAUGAGGUAUUUGAAGAUAAGCUGAAGGAAACCCCGAUUCCAAUGGACCUGGCAUCACAGUUUGAGAGACCUUCAAAGGAGGACGUGAUUGCAUGCCAUCUUCAGUGCAGGGGUCGUCGAAAGCCAAAAUUGUGACCGAUCUGAUCAGGAAGCUCCAAGCGUAUCUGGAGAACAACACACGACAGGAUGAUAACCUUAUAGUGUCGUCUUAGAUAGCACCAGCUGACAAAGCUUUGAUAUGCCAUUUAUCUGAAUAGAUAGCUGUAAGAAAUGAAUUGAACAAUUUUUGAAACAAGAGCACAAUAUGGUUACUAAAGUAUGUUUAUUUGUAUAUUGUUUAACAUGUAAAUAUAUAUUUGUAAUAAAUAAAAAAUGUUUUUGACUGACUAUUAUAUUUUCUUUAAAGUUACAUCUUUUGUUCUUUUGGGUACUUUGUUACUAUAAUGAUACUUAAGUGUUAUUGGUUUAAAAAUGUAAUAAAACUUACUCUAGUCCUGCACCUCAAAGGCUUAUAGUCGGUACAAUAAAUGUUCUGUGUGUAGGGAUUUAGACAAUUUGUGCAAAACCUGGAUGAUGAAUCACGCAGGUAAGAGGCCCUGGAACAUGUUGCAUUCUCCUUAAAACCUAAUAAGUAAAAACAUAGCACUUAUAAGUAAGCAGUUUUUCAUAAUAAACUUUACCAUAGUGAAAUAAUGUAGAACAUUCAUUUCAAUUAAUACUUUCCUUGUGCUACAUUUGGUGUUUCCAUAUAGUUUGCACAGUAAUAUAGUAUGUAACAGUCUUUUAUAAUAAAGUUUACAAUAGUAAAAUAAUGUUAAUAAGUGAAAUAGUUUUAUAAUCAUUUCAACAAAUACUUUCUAUGUGCUACAUUUGGUGUUUCCAUAUAGUUUGCACAGUAAUAUAGUAUGUAACAGUCUUUUAUAAUACAGUUUACUAUAGUAAAAUAAUGUUAACAAAUGAAAUAGUUUUAUAAUCAUUUCAACAAAUACUUUCUAUGUGCUACAUUUGGUGUUUCCAUAUAGUUUGCACAGUAAUAUAGUAUGUAAGCGGUCUUUUAUAAUAAAGUUUACUAUAGUAAAAUAAUGUUAAUAAGUGAAAUAGUUUUAUAAUCAUUUCAAAUAAAACCUUCUAUGUGCUACAUUUGGUGUUUCCAUAUAGUUUGCAAAGUAAUGUAGUACGUUAUAAUUACCUUUUGGAUGUCUUUGCAACACAUUUUCGUCUUCGUUUAGCAUUCGGGCAGAGCUAAGGACACCUAAAAAAGUUAAAUCCAAUCGCGUUCAUUGACGGAGAUCGUUUACAUCGUAACGGCCGUCUGAACUCUCUGGAUCGAGCUUGAAGUGGUAAGGCAGUACAGACACCAUCGUUUAUAGAGAAAUAUAGCGCUUGUUUACGUUGCCUGUGACUCUCAGUCAGAACCGGAAAAUCCACGCGUAGUCAGGGGCGUAACCUUUCAAACACACGCCGAACCCAGUUGACCAAUAACAGUUGAGUAGUCAUCUGACCAAUCCGAAUACACCAGACAUUUUGGGAGGCGGAGACAGGAACUAAAUCCGAGCGUUUUCCAGACAUGCAGAAAUCGGUGAGGUAUGUAAGCAAUUUAUAAGACUCACAGUGCAUUAGUUCAAGUUUUAAUAACAUGUAUGUACUAUGGGAUAUUACAAUAACGUGCUAACGUGCUAAUUUAUUAGCAUAAUUGGUGCUCUUUAAAUAUACCGUAUACGUGUAUAGUUUAAGCAAUGACCUAAGCCAUAACCUUCGGC